AUUGUUUGACAAAGAUUUGAAUCGGCUCAGAUGAAAAUUUAUAUAAAUAUGUUAUAUUUGACAUAAAAAUGUUUAAACGAGUUUUUACUAUAUCAUAUAAAUUGAGUACUUUUCGUCCUAUUCGUUGGCACGAUUUUCAAUUACAAAAGUCACAUGGACGGCAAUGUAGUAGCUUUAGUAAUUCUAAUGAUGCCGGUGAAAAGGUUGCAGAUUUCCAAAAUAUUCCAGUUGAACGUAUCAGGAAUUUCAGCAUAAUCGCGCAUGUCGAUCAUGGCAAAAGUACUUUGGCAGAUCGGAUAUUGGAAUUAACAGGUGCGAUAGCCCAGAAUUCAGGAGCACAAGUUUUGGACAGUUUACAGGUAGAACGGGAGCGAGGGAUUACUGUUAAGGCACAGACCGCUUCAAUUUUCCACACAUAUAAGAAUGAGAAAUAUUUAUUAAAUUUGAUCGAUACACCAGGCCAUGUGGAUUUCGCAAAUGAGGUUUCAAGGUCGCUGGCUGCAUGCGAUGGGGUUAUAUUACUGGUGGAUGCUUGCCAUGGUGUACAAGCUCAGACUGUAGCCAACUAUUAUUUAGCGAAAAUGCGAAACUUGGUUAUAAUUCCAGUGCUGAACAAAAUAGACAUUAAACAUGCUAAUCCGGAACGUGUGUGCAAUGACUUACACAAUUUAUUUGGAAUCGACCCUAAUAGCGUUCUAAAGAUUUCCGCCAAAUUAGGAACCGGUGUGGCUGCUGUUCUUGACAGAGUGAUUGAGAAAAUUACACCACCACAAGUAGAUCGCAAUCCUCCAUUUCGCGCUUUAAUAUUUGAUAGCUGGUUCGACAAAUACCGUGGCGCUUUAAAUUUAAUUUGUGUACUGAACGGGUCACUGAAAGUGGGUCAAGAAAUCCAAUCGAUGAUUACAAAAAAGUCCUACCCGGUUAAAGGCAUAACAAUAUUGCGUCCGAAGGAGGAUCCAAUCGAAACAAUCUCGGCUGGGCAAGUAGGCUUAAUUGCCUGUAACAUGAGGAAUAGCAAAGAGUCUAUUAUUGGAGACACAAUUCAUCUAAAAAAUGAAACAGUAAAAGCUGCCAUUAGGUUUAAGCCGCAGCAACCAAUGGUAUUUGCAGGCGUUUAUCCCGCUGACCAAUCCAAGCACGUGCCUUUACGUGGCGCUAUUGAAAAACUGACUUUAAAUGAUUCGGCGGUCACAGUAAAUGUCGAUUCUAGUCCAGCCUUGGGUCAAGGGUGGCGUUUAGGUUUUCUCGGAUUGCUACACAUGGAGGUAUUCUGUCAACGGUUAGAACAAGAAUAUGGAACGGAGCCGAUUAUUACUGCACCAUCCGUUACAUACCGAAUCAUUUUGAGGAAUCCGAAAAUGAUAAAGCAAAUGGGAAAAGAGUGCUUGGAACUUUCAAAUGCUGCACUCUUUCCGGAGCCUUUCAAUGUUAAGGAAUACUACGAACCAUUGGUGAAAGGAACCAUAAUAACCCCCACUGAAUAUCUAGGUCAAAUAAUUAGUUUAUGUGUUGAUCGACGGGGGAUACAAGAGUCAUCAAUCAAUAUAGAUGAUGAUCGUAUUUUAAUGAAAUACAUAUUACCGUUAAGUGAAAUAAUAUUAGAUUUUAAUGAUCAUCUGAAGUCCUUAAGCUCCGGCUAUGCUAGUUUCAAUUACGAAGAUCACGGAUAUCAUCUAACCAAUAUUGUGCGAUUGGAUAUUCAUCUGAAUGGUCGCCCUGUUGAAGAGUUUUGUCGAAUUGUGCAUGUUUCGAAAGCAACAACUAUCGCGCGUGAAAUGGUAGCAAAAUUGCAGGAGCUUAUACCAAGGCAGAUGGUGCAAAUCGCCAUACAAGCCUGUGUGGGAGGAAAAGUAUUGGCCCGAGAGACUAUUAAAGCUUACAGGAAAGACGUUACUGCCAAGCUGUAUGGCGGCGAUGUUACGCGACGAAUGAAGCUUUUAAAACAACAAGCGGAGGGUAAAAAGAAAAUGAGAAUGUUUGCAAAUAUCCGUGUACCUCAUGAGACUUUUAUAAAGGUGUUGAAGCGGUAGUGAAUAAAAAAUCCAAAUAAUCUACACUGAAA